UGUGCGUCUUUAUUCGUUCGAGCCACGUAGUGACCUCAGGAGAAGAGCAAAAAUACCGGUUCUCUGGCAGAAAUAGCUAACAAUAUUGCCUCUUCUUUCUCCUUCAUGACAGUCACUCUCACUCAGUGGUGGAAAGAAGCAGCUAAGACUUUUCUACAAUAAAUUCGUUCCAGUUAUUAUCAAGUUUCAAGUAGCAAGUUUACAUUGAUCAUGUACAGUACCAGGAAGUUGUUUUUUCCAUUACUGAUUGGAUUCUUCCUUCUAAGUCAAUCUGAAAGUUCUCCUGCUCAUUAUGAUCAGCGUCAAACAGGCGAUCUAAACGUAGAUGUACAUUUCAAAGAUGUUCAAAUUGUUGCUUUGGUAGAUGGUGAUUUGUUGGAUUAUGAUCUGGAUUAUAAUUAUUCAUAUGAUUAUUCUGACUUCACCAUCAAACCAAUCACCAAGCCAACAACUUCUUCACAUUCUUCUACUGUAAAACCAUGGGUUACUUGGCCAACUAUUCCACCUUCGUCAUCUUCAUCAUCAUCAUCAUCAUCAUUAUCAUUUUCUUCACCAUCUACUAAAUCGCCUGUUUCUUCGAGUGCUGAAAUUCCUUCGACAACAUUGCCAUCACCAUUUUCAUCUUCUGAUGCAUCAUCAACUGAAGCAUCUACAGCCACAAGCAGUCAAACAUUUUCAAAAUCUACCAAUGCUGAUCUCUUAGCAAUAGACCGUAAUGAGCAAUCUUCAAAACCUCCCACCAAACGAUGUCCUUCAGGAUACAUCUUAGACAAAGGACGUUGUAAAAAAGUUCUACGACGAAGAUUAGCAUUCUUUCCGUUGGCAGUAAAAUUAGCUCCAAAAAUGAAUCAAGAGGGUACUAGUAAAGAUCUCCGUGUAGCAUCUUGGAUAUCUACAAGUGUUUAAAGUGCAUCUUUGAAGUUUCAUUAUCAGCCCCUACGAAGUACGAUCAACGUCAAGAUGGAAAAGUAAACGUCCAUGCAAAACUAGAAAACUUUCUUAUUAUCAUCGCACC